AUGGGGCAGGCGGAAAGCAGGCAGGAUGAAGGCGGAGCGCACGCGGCCACUGAGGGCCUCGCCCGUCUGCAGGCCAUCACGGGCGCCAAAGGCCCGGACGCGAAAUUGAAGCCUCGCGGCAACAAGGCCGCCGCCAGUGAUCACGACUUCAUCAAGAGCUCGCUGUGCAACCUGCUGCUCUUUGGGCGCCUGGACAACGUGGCCCAGGUCAAGAUAGCAGACAGCAUGUGGGAGCGUGUUGUCCCCGCAGGCGAGAUUCUAAUUCAGGAGGGCGAGGUGGGGCUGGCCGCCACCGAGCUGUACGUCGUCAAGGAGGGCAAGUUUGAGGUCCUGGAGCGCCGGAAGGGGGUCAACAUGCGCGUCAACGUCAAGGAGCGCGGGGACGUGUUUGGCGAGGUGUCCCUGAUGAAGUACGUGCAAGAGUUUGCUGAGGGCGAGCUGGGCCAGAUCGAGGUGUUCCUCAACAGCGUCCCGCUGCUGAACCCCCUGAGCCGCGACGCCAAGCUCAAGCUGGUGGACGCCUUUGUGGAGGAGACGUUCGCGGCUGGCAGUGUCAUAAUUCGCGAGGGUGACCUGGGAGACAAGUUCUACAUCGUCAAGGGUGGCGAGGCUGCGGUGACUCAGGGCGGCAAGGAGGUGAAUCGCCUGUUCAAGGCUGACUUUUUUGGCGAGCGUGCGCUGCUCUCUAACGAGCCGCGUGGCGCGACUGUGGCAGCUGUUCAGGAGACGGUCUGCCUCACCCUGGACCGUGACACUUUCGUGGAGAUCCUGGGGCCCAUGGACAAGAUCAUGGCGGAGGCCAAGUCUGUGGAGGUCAGCAAGGCGCGGAUGGCACGCUUCAAGCCCCGCGGCAGCGCCGCAGCGGCCAGCCGUCCACGCGCAGACGUCUUCAUCCGGGCGCGGGGGCCCAGUGGCGCUCCUUACGAGGUUGUGGCCAGCGGCCACCUUGACGAGGUGCAAGAGCUGGCGCGCGGCGGCACAAAGCUGGGCAGCAGCUCUGGUGCGGCAAGCAGUGAGGGUGCCGGCGAUUCCAAGGGCAACGAGGGCUCCUCAUUGACGCUGGUGGAGGCGGCGCUGUUGGGCGAGGGCGCGUUCAGCCGUGUGAGCGAGGUCACGGAGGAGAGCACCAAACGCACCUUUGCGCUGAAGCGCAUGACCAUGACAGCUGCGCUGCAGUGCCCGGAGCAUGUCUACUGUGAGCAGCACAUCUCCAAGAACACUGCCAACGGCUUCUGCAUCAGGCAGUACGCCAGUUUCAAGGACCCCCACCACCUGUACUUCCUGUUUGACCUGAUGAGCGGCGGCGACCUGAUGGACGUCCUGGUGGCGGAGGCCAAGAUCAUCAAGCACCCCGUGCCGCAGAAGAGCGGCAUGAGGCAGGGCGUGCUGUCGCCCAAGGUUAAGAUGUGGCAGGGCAUGGACGAGACCAUGGCCAAGUUCUAUGUUGCCUCCAUCGUGCUGGCCCUGGAAUAUCUCCACGACAACGGCAUCGUGUACCGUGACCUCAAGCCAGAGAACGUGCUCAUCGACGGGCAGGGCUUUGCCAAGCUGGGGGACUUCGGCUUUGCCAAGCAGAUCGACCCGGCCAGCGGCGGGCGGACGUACACCUUCUGUGGCACGCCAGGCUACGUGGCGCCGGAGAACGUCUUGGGGCGCGGCUACAACAACAGUGUGGAUUGGUGGACGCUGGGGGUGCUGAUGUACGUGCUGCUCACUGCGCGGCAGCCCUUCUCCAGCCCCAAGACAGGGGACCCCAUGGAGGUGAUGCGGCGCAUCGUGGACGAGCGCUGGCCCAUCAAGUUCCCGCCAUACAUGAGCCCCGAGGGCCGCGACCUCAUCCAGCGCCUGCUGGAGCGCAAGCCAGCCAAGCGUAUCGGCAUGCUGCAGGGCCGCGCCGACGACAUCAAGAAGCACCCUUGGUUUGCGGGCUUUGAUUGGGAGAGCCUGACAGCACGCAAGAUGGAGCCGCCACGGCGGCCUCGCGAGACGGACUUCUCCAAGCGCAAGGCGGAGCUGGAGGAGAGCCACGCGGGCGACCCUGUGGUGCCCAAGAUCACGCCUCCGGAAGAGGCGGAGUGCGCCAAGAUAUUUGCGGACUUCUAG